UCGUCGGCCACCGACCUUGCACAGAAAUCAUCAAGAUAACCACAGGUGAGGUUCCAAAGAAGUGCCACAUGCUGGCUAUCAAUUGGGCUUUACUUUCUUCUUCAGACAACAGCUAUGAAGUACGUGUAAAAGGAUCAUAGCUUCUUUAUUGAAUAGCUAUUCGGACGAGGACAUUUGUCCCCCCAAAGCCUGUGCAUAUAGGAGCUGAAAGCGUGUAGAGUUAACAAUUAAACCAAGGAAAAUCAUGGAAGAUGGCGUGACAAUAGCUGAAAGCUUGUUGCAUCUUGAAGAAGAAGAAGAUGGUGAUAAGAAAGCUAAUCUUCGAGAAAGUGGAGAAGAUAGGCCAAGUGGGUCAUUACUGAACCAUGUCUUCUCAAACCUGGUCUCUAGAGGGGAAGCUGAUCAUGAAGAAAAAGGAGUUAAAGAAGAGAAUGGAGAGAAGAGAGGUGGACUACUGGACAAUAUCAUAUCCAACUUGGUUUCUCCCUCGAGUAACAAAGAACAACAUGAAGUUUCCCAGGCUAGAGAUGGCGGAGGAACAACUGAAGAUCAAGCACAAAAGAAACAGAAGGUAACAGUAGUUGAUGAAGAGAGUGAAAAAGUUAAGGCUGAAGAGGAGGGUGGUGGAGAGAGUGAAAAAGUGAAGGCUGAAGAGGAGGGUGGUGGAGGUGUCAUCCAUCACAUUGUUUCCCACUUUCUUACAUCUCUUCCAGAUGAUGCUGCUCCAACAACUGACGAAGCCACCAUUCUUAUUCACUCCAUCAUCCAUGACUAAGGGGAAUAAGCUUGUAAAGAUUCUGGAUCUGUAAAUUUGAACGCAGAGGGGACCUGUCACUUUGUAUUUCCUAGUGAUUUUUCUUUCUUUAGAUGCUUUUCUCGCUGUAUAACGUGUUUUCUGCUAAUUCAAUGUAUUAUAUUUAGAAUUCCAACGUUCAAAA